GGAGCUGAGCUGCACAUCCUGUCAGAAGCAAGAGUGCUGAACCCAGAACGACAGGAUUUCAGCAGACGAGGAGAUUGGACUUUGGAAGGCAGAAUGUCGGAUUCUCUGGUUGUGUGUGACGUGGACCCACAGCUGAAGGAGAAACUGAAGAAAUUUCGGUUUCGGAAGGAGACGAACAAUGCAGCCAUAAUUAUGAAAAUUGACAAAGACAAGCAACUGGUGGUACUAGAGGAAGAAUUUCAGGACAUCACUCCAGAAGAGCUGAGAAGUGAACUGCCAGAACGCCAGCCUCGAUUUGUGGUCUACAGCUAUAAAUACCUCCAUGAUGACGGUCGGAUCUCCUACCCUCUCUGCUUCAUCUUCUCCAGCCCAGUUGGAUGCAAGCCGGAGCAGCAGAUGAUGUAUGCCGGGAGCAAGAACAGGCUGGUGCAGGUGGCCGAGCUCACCAAGGUCUUUGAGAUCCGGACCACAGAGGAUCUGACGGAGCAGUGGCUGAAGGAACACCUGGCAUUUUUCCGCUAACCAACGGGGAUAAUCCU